AUGUGGGAUACUCCAUAAGAUUAGAAAAGAGAGGAAGUUAACCUUCGUCUAGGCUUAUGUGUUGCUUCACAUAAGUGCUAAUGCUCAAGGAAAUUGUGUGCUGAAUGCUAAUUUGAACAUGAAGUUGACAAAAAUCACACAGUUCCGAUUAAUAAGUUUAAAGGAAUUGUUGCGAAGAAAUUAAACGAUACUAAUCUUAUUGAUUCAUUAGAAUUAACAACAUAGAGAAUGCAUUUUAAAUAAAUGCUGGCUUCAACUCUUAAAAUGUUAAAAGAUAUUUGGGAUGAAAUGACAGAAUCAAUUAAAUAGAUAUACGAUUUGAUUGAGAUGGAAGAUAAAUCUUAUUUAAAUUAUAUGAACAACAAUGUGGAUCCUGUAGAAUUGGCCAAUACUGAAUUAGAAAAGUUAGUCUAAAUUAUUAUAGGAAAACAAUUAGAUGAUUGGAAUAUUUAGAAAAAUUCUUAGUUAACAAGGUUGGAAAUGACAAAGCAAUAUUUGGAAAAGGAAACGAAGGAGUUUUGUGAAAAAUUGAAUAAAGAAAUGAAGGAGAUUAACAAAUUAUUUCCAUAAUUAAAAGAAGUAAAGUAAGUUUAUAGCAGAAAGGAAGAUAUGUAUUAGGUAUUGACUUAGACAAAGUAUUUGGAUGGAUCCUACCUUAAUGAGCUACUUUAGAUGCUGAAAAAUAAGAAGAUUACUAAUUGUUUAGAGUUCUUUAAAAAUUAAAGUCGGUUGUAAUUUAUCACUUCUAUGUUUUAAAAUGUUAGCGAAAUAGACUUUAAUAAGAAGAAUUAUUCAACUGACAACUAUGAUUAAAUUAGAAAGGACUUAAUAAAAUAGAUAUCUUAUGAUUAGUACAUAAUUGAAUUUUUGAAAUUCCUAGUACUUCUUACAGCCAUUGACGAGAGAUUUAUCUAAAGCGGAUCGAACUCACUCAAUUUAUUAGUAGAAAUGAAAGUGGAUUUGAGAGAAUAAAGCUUUGAGAAUAUUAGGAUUAGAGAUACUUCUUUGGUUGGUGGAAAUUUUGUAAGAUGCAAUUUCAAUGGAUCAGAAUUUGAUAAUGUGGAUAUAAGUGGAAUGAACUUGAAUUAAGCUUAAUUGUUCAAUUGUAAAUGGAACAAUAUUAAAAUACAUGAGUUAAAUAAAUUAGAUGGUCAUUCAAGUGUAGUUUUUUCAAUUUGUUACUCUCCUGAUGGUACUACAUUAGCAUCUGGUAGUGAUGAUAAGUCUAUCCGUUUAUGGGAUGUUAAGACAGGAUAAUAAAAAGCCAAAUUAGAUGGUCAUUCA